AUGGUGAACAAUACGGAAUAUUACAAGACGCUAGGCCUCAGCAAGGACGCGUCCGAGGCCGACAUCAAGAAGGCCUACCGCAAAGAGUCUCUCAAGUGGCACCCAGACAAGAACCCCGGCGACAAGCGCGCGACCGCCGAGGAGAAGUUCAAGAAGGUCGGCGAGGCAUACGAAGUAUUGUCCGACCCCGAGAAACGCAAGAUCUAUGACCAGUUCGGCGAGGAAGGUCUCAAGGGCGGCAUGCCCGGCGGAGGCGGCGGCGGCGGCCCGGGCUUUUCCUCGUUCGGCGCCGGCGGCGGCGGCCCCGGCUUCUCCUUCCACGCGACCGAUCCCAACGACAUCUUCAAUGCAUUCUUCUCCCAGAUGGGCAGCGGCGGCGGCGGCGGUGGCGACGAGUACGCAUCCUUCGGCGGUGGUGGCUUCCCCGGCGGAGGUACUCGCCGUCGCGCUGGCCGCGGCGGCAUGGGCGGAAUGGGUGGCAUGGGCGGCAUGGGUGGCAUGCCUGGUAUGGGCGGCAUGGGCGGCAUGGGUGGCAUGCCAGGCGGGUACGCCGAGCCGGAGCCGCCAACACCUGUUGCCGAGAUCGAGCGGCCACUUCCUCUCAGUCUCGAAGAGCUUUACAAGGGCGGCACGAAGCGCCUCAAAAUCACGCGCCACAUGCGCAACGGGCGGAGCGAAGAGAAGAUUCUCGAGGUGGCCUACAAGCCUGGAUGGAAGGCUGGCACCAAGGUGACGUUCGCGGGCGCCGGCAACGAAGACGAGUACGGUCGCGGUCAGAACAUCAAGUUUGUCAUCCAAGAGAAGGAGCACCCGCGCUUCAAGCGCGAGGGCGACGACCUCGUCGUGCAGGUCAACCUCACGCUGUCGCAGGCGCUGCUUGGCCCCGAGGGCGGCGGCCCCAUCACCAAGCAGAUCGAGCAGCUCGAUGGUCGUCGGAUAGACGUCUCCAUCCCCGCGGGACACAUCGUCCAGCCCGGAGAGGAGACCGUCGUGAAGGGCGAGGGCAUGCCCAUCUCCAAGGCCAGCAGUAUCAAAAAGGUCGGCGACCUGCGCGUGCGCUGGAACGUCGUGUUCCCAAAGUCCCUCAACCCGACCGAGAAGGAAGCCCUCCGCAAGGCCCUCGGAUAAGCGCGACCAGCGCGCAUAGAGCCGCCUCGCAAGCUAAGCAGGCAAGACGAAGGCACCCUAGACGCCUGUUUCUGUCCGGCUGAACGCCGCCCAUAGCCCGACAAGCCUUUGUACUAUGAAUAGGAUAUGAACAUGACAUGUAGAC